AUGGCGGCAAAGAGCCCAGUAAGCCCGACGAUCAUGGAGGAUCCAAAGGAGGACUCCAGCGCAUCCGACGCUCCCAUCAUCGACAUGGAAAAACAGCUAAACAACCUCUCUAUCGCCAGCGGAUCGCCAGCAAAAAAGAACAUCUCUCUGUCCUCCCCGGCCUUGACCAUUCAGCCGGUGCCGUACUACAACAUUCAAAGUCCCAUGUUCAGCCCACCGCCAGCCCUGAGCUCGUCGAGCUACGAACGCUCCUACCUCCUGGAGAACCUCCAGCGGCAGCACGCACGCGGAGAGAGACUCACCCACGCCCUCUACAACCUCGAGAUCCGGCUCACCUCGGCGCACAGCAAGGGUCAGGCAAAAAACAUGCGCAGGGAGGCCAAGGUGCUGCGGGGCAACAUCGCCGAGUCCCACAAGCAGGAGCAGCUGAUCCUGCUGCGCCUGAACGAUCUGCAUAACCAGGACCUGAGCCGAGGCGGGUUUUAUCAGCCCCAGUCCGCAGCGGUGUUGGCGCCGUACUCGGUAGCUUGGAGCCCAUAUUCGCCCUGGGCGCCGAUGACGCUGCCCCCGGUGUUGCCUGCCGACCCCGUGUCGCCUCUCACUCCUCUGCCUCCUGGUCUCUACCACCCGGCGCCCAUCGCUCCUAGCCCUCUGGCUUCGCCGUACUGGUUAGGAGCACAGUACCCCGUGGCAAAUUCCUUCGUACCGAAUGACCCGUCCUUCUAUCUCGGCGUCAACUUCCAGCCUCCGUAUAUUCCUGAGGGAGCGUUUGCGGCACCGUCUCGCAGGACAUCCUCCAUGGCAACAGUCACUGGGGAUAGCGGACCAAAGCACAAGGUGACCAAGUCAGUUGAUUUCACUGCGCUGCCACAGCGGAAGGCGUACCACGGUCGGAGGUGGUCGCUUGCAGAUGCCUUCUCGCCGGAGCCGAAGGACAAAAGGAUGAGCAUGCCGGGAUUACAGACCAUUUGGAAGGAUCAAAAGCCCGAAGAGGAAUGA